AUGGAUCAUCCCCAUCGCAUCCCGCAAGACGCGGCCGCAGCAGACACCACCACGCCACUGCUGGCAGACGCGGGCCGCCACAGGCCGAGGAGCGCCCUCGCGGCCAUUAGCGACGAACUGGUGUAUGCCACCCAGGCAACCUUGCAGUGCAGCAUAACAAACGUCCUGCUCAUCUGCCUGCCGCUCGGCCUGUAUGGCACGGACUGGGGCUUUCCGGGAUGGGCCGUUUUCGGGCUCAACUUCCUCGCCAUGCUGCCGUUGGCGUCCAUCCUCACGUUUUCUACCGAGCAGCUCGCCGCCAUUGUCGGCUCCGUGGCAGGCGGCCUGAUCAACGCUACGUUUGGCAACGCGGUAGAGAUGAUUGUUGGCAUCAGCGCCCUAAAGGAAGGGGAGAUUGGCAUCGUGCAGUCGAGCAUGAUAGGAAGUAUUCUGUCCUCCAUUCUACUGAUCCUCGGGUCGGCCUUUUACCUGGCCGGCAAGGACAAGCAGACAGUCCACAUCAACGUCGACGUGGCCGGGAUCCUGACGUCGCUCAUGGUCAUCUCCUGCACGUCUCUGAUUCUGCCCUCUGCGCUGCGCGCGGGCGACCUCCUGGUCGAGAGCACCGAUGGCGGCGGCCCUGCUGACUACAUCUUGACGCUGUCGCGCAGCACAUCCGUCAUCCUGCUCGUCUUCUACGUGCUGUACGUGUACUUCCAGUCCGUCUCGCACGCGGAGCUCUUUGCCGAGGAAGAGAGCGACGGCGGAAAGAAGCUGCACGCAGCGUCCAGCUGCGCGGUGCUCGUCCUCGCUACGCUGGGAAUCGCGUCGAGCUCCGACGCGCUCGUCGGCAGCAUUGAUGGCGUCAUCGAGGCGCUGGGCGUCAGCCGCAGCUUCAUCGGGCUCAUCAUCGUUCCGAUUGUGGGCAAUGCGGGCUGCUUUGUGGGAACGGUGCAGUGGUCGCAGACUGGCCGCAUCAACCUGGCCAUCUCCGUCAUUGUCGGCGCGACGCUGCAAAUCUCGCUCUUUGUUACUCCGUUUCUGGUCAUUGUUGGAUGGAUCAUUGGGCGAGACAUGUCGCUGCAGUUUGACACGUUUGAGACGAUUGUGCUUACCAUGUCCACGUUGGUAGUCAGUUGCUUGGUUCGGGGAGGAAAGACCAACUAUUUUGAGGGCAUGCUGCUGGUUGCCACAUACACUAUCAUUGGCGUCGCGUUCUUUGUCCACCCUGACGAGGUUUGA